AUUUGUUGUCUUGUGAACCUACCUUCAAAACAAUUCAGUGGUGGCCAUGUUAUUAAAAUGUCACUAGAUUGAACAUAAAUAAUGCAAGACCAAGUAGAAUACGGUACGUGUUUUAACAUUCCAGCUUUGAAAUCAAAUAACAUGCACAUUUUUCGCCGCAAAAACCCGAUCUAAAUAGUUUUCAACCCCUAAAACCCAAGGAAAUCCUGCUAACACGACCUUUUCCUGCGUGGGAUGACAGAUGAAAUGUCAAAACGAACAUGUUUCAUGUUUUUUAGAAUUACAGCACUUCUAGCUUUCAUUAACAAUUGAAACUCACAGAAUACAUUUAUCACUACGCAAAUUAACAUUAACAGUCAAAAAAUACGCGAUAAACAAAGUUACAACAAAAUAUUUUGACAGGAAGGUAGCUUCACACUACACCAAUGUUUUGUUUUGUUAUAUUCGCAGACGAUGUGAUCCCCUGCAACGAAAACAUUUGCGCUGGAUGCCUCAACAUUUUGGAGGACGAGGAGUUUAUCUCUGCGUUGGAUCAGAAAUGGCACAUGGAAUGCUUCAGGUGUUCUGCGUGCGAUGCGGCUCUGUCUAGUUGGUAUUUUGAGAAAGAAGGGCUCUUAUUCUGUAAGGAUGAUUACUGGGCUAGAUAUGGGGAAGCUUGCCAACAGUGCAGCCAGAUUAUUACAGGGCCUGUUAUGGUUGCAGGGGAGCACAAAUUCCAUCCGGAAUGUUUUUGUUGUGGUAGCUGUGGGGCUUUCAUUGGAGAUGGGGAUUCUUAUGCACUUGUGGAAAGAUCCAAAUUAUAUUGUGGACAGUGCUAUAAAAGGCAGAUGCAGCCGUUACAAAAAACUGCCAAAUUUCCCUUUAUUAGAAAACCGCAUUCCAUUCGACUCGUAGAGAUUCCGGGUGGGCAACAGGGGAUAAAAUUGUUGAAGAAUUCUUUGCAAGGCACAAACAGUGAAUGUUUUACGAUAUCUGAACUUGAUAUGAACACGGAUUUGAUGUCAUUGCAUAUUGGUGACAAAAUAUUGGAAAUAAACGGCACCCCAGUUAAGGAUACUCCACUUGAAAAUGUGGAAAACCUGUUGAGGUAUUCCGACAAUGUAUUGCAGUUGACAAUCGAACAUGACCCUGAAUGUAUAUCGAGAAAAAUAUCAAAACUGACACUUCCAUCAACCCUACCUCUGACAACAACUUCCAGUGAUACCAACAUUCCAACAAAUAAAACCACUGGGGAUUUUUUGGGGUUUGGAUCUGCAGAUUCGUUAAAUGAAGGCAGAACAAAAUCGCCACAGUGCGAGUUUGGCGAACUAAACGAGCCGAAACACAAAGCGCGCAACGGCAAGGGUGAGAACAAGGAGAGACUGUUCAAAAGAAAAGACGAGGGUUACAUGACCGGCACGAGGUCUAGACAGCUGAGAAGAAAAAAUCAUUUGGCCGAGAACAAACCUUGCCUGGACAAGGAACGCAGUUCCUCCAUGAGCAGACUGCUAGAUGAGGCGGCGAAUUCCAAGAGAUGCCUGGAAUUAUCCAGGGCCUACUCGUUCUUAGAGCCCCGCCCCCAACAAAGGGUCUUCAGGGCUUCCGAUUUAGUGAAAGGGGAACUUUUGGGGCAGGGGUUUUUCGGGCAAGUUUUUAAGGUGACUACAAGGGACACGGCAGAAGUCAUGGUGCUCAAAGAACUGUACAGGGUGGAUGAGGAAGCUCAGAAGAACUUCUUAAAAGAGGUUGCAGUAUUGAGGAGUUUGCACCACAGCAACGUGUUGAGGUUUAUUGGGGUUUUGUACAAAGAAAGGAGACUGCAUUUGGUGACAGAAUAUAUUUCAGGGGGGACCCUGAAAGAACUAAUACACGAUACGGUGCAGCCGUUGCCUUGGGAGCAAAGGGUGUCAUUUGCAAAAGAUAUUGCUGCUGGUAUGGCAUACCUGCAUUCCAUGAACAUUAUACACAGAGAUCUCAACUCUCACAACUGCCUUGUGAGAGAAGACAAAACAGUCAUUGUGGCUGAUUUCGGAUUGGCUAGGAUAGUUUCACACACGACAAACAGCGCAAGAAGGGUUUCCACUGGCACAAAAAAUCGCCAGGAGAGAAAAAAACGGUACACAGUGGUGGGCAACCCUUACUGGAUGGCGCCAGAAAUGAUGAAAGGAAACAAGUACGACGAAAAAGUGGACAUUUUCAGUUUUGGAAUCGUUUUGUGCGAGAUCAUAGGGAGAGUUCAAGCGGAUCCAGAUUUUUUGCCCAGAUCGAACGAUUUCGGGUUGAAUCAAAUGGCAUUUAAGGAAAAAUUUUGCACCUCUUGCCCGGAGCCGUUUUACAAAGUGGCUUUUCUAUGUACCGAUUUGAAUCCUGAUAAAAGGCCCCCGUUCGAAGUAAUCGAAGUGUGGCUGGAAUCUCUCUCCAUGCACCUGUCGGUGGGCAUGCCUCUACCCCCCGACCUACUCUUCGACAUCCAGCACUACCGAGGCACCAGCCCCAGCUCCUCGGGCAGCACCACUCCCGAAGGAAUAUCCUCCGGGCACCGGAGCCCCGCCCUAGAGCCCAUACGCGAGGGAAAAAUGGCGGGAAACCCGGAGCGAAUCAAGAGCCUCGAGAGCCUGAAGCCCGCCAUCAAGAUAUCCCAGGAAAAUUUGCUUUCCAAGACUUCCAGCUCCGACAUGCUCAUCAAGAACCAGAUCAACAACGAGUUUGUCACCAAAAGUUGCGAGGAUUUGGAGGAAAUAAUCUCGAAACCCACUAGGGAGUUCCCCAACUACGAAAACAUCGAUUUUCUCAGGAACGACUCCAUAUUCGCUGGCGAUUGCGAGAAAACCGUAACCGUGAAAAAAUUGGAGAAGACCGAGUUAAUAAAACACGAAGAAAACAACAAAAACCCCGACACUUACAAGUUCAACGUUCACCUGAGAAAAGUGCCGAAGAACUUCACCAGAAAUCGAUUCGUGAAGGAAAUGAAGGACGAAGACGUUUCGGUGAAGUUCCUGGGCAAAAAAAAAACCUUCGACUUAAAACCUGUGCCCAGCUGCAGCAAAAACUCAAAUUUAAACCUGGAAAGCAUGGCUUUUAAAACUUCGAGCCUCCCAACGUCUAAAGUGACGGAGAAGUUCGUAAGGAACUUCGCGAAGAACGUCAACUUGACCAGGAACGAGAAAGUAAGCAACUUGAGUGCGGAAUGCGUUCCGGAUGUGGUUUUUUCCACUCUAUCGUCGCCGGAAACUCGUAGUGUACUUCCGGUGGGUUGCAAAUUAAAUUACGCAAUCAAACCGCCGAGUUACGUUGCGAAAAGCAGCGAGGAUUCAAGGAAAGUCGAGGAUAACAACAAAUGCGGUACUUUCAGUAUCAGCCGCAGCAUUUUCAAGAAGACUGAGCCGGAGGGAGAGAGCAAAGGGUUCAAGAGGUUGCCGGAAGAUGGCAGCAGGUCCAGCGUUGUUAGGAGGAGAUACACCAAGGACUCUGACGACAGCCCGAUACUCAGACGCACUCCGAUCCUGCAGAGGAGACUUCCGCAGCCUGCGAAGUUCGUGCCGUCGCUGAAAGGGGCGGCUGGCGCCGCAGACGGCUGCUCCGUCGUGCGGAGCAUCGUCGAGACGCUGAACGGUAAGGAGAGGAGUGGGGGGUUCGUGCGCAGCGGAUACGGAAGGAGUUCGCUCAAGGUGGCCGGAAGUCCCAAGGUUUGCUUCAAGGGUGGCGGCAGGAGCAGUCCCGACGAGUUUACGGCACUUUAAAGCCGCGUAAUGACGUUGAAAUCUUGGAGUAUGAGCUGGAAAUUUGCUGUAUCUAAAUUUAAAAAAAAAUUGGACUGCAAAUAAUUUAUGUAAGUAGGAAACUUAUCGUUUUUUGAUGAUUUCGAAAAUUUUGGAAACUUUGAAGAUUUUGAAAUUUUCAUUAAUUUUAAGAAAUUUUAAAUUUUGAACAUUUGAAGUUUUUUAAAAUUUGCUAAUUUUGAGAAUUUUAAUAAAUUUCUUAAAUUAAAAAUAUUGAGAAUUUUAAUAAAUUUCAAAAUUUUAAAAGUUUUUAAGAAUUUUUG